GCACCGUUCACACUAUAGGAGCUCGGGGCAAUAUGACGAACAUGGCGGGUCUCGCUGCAAGGGAUCGUCGCAAGUUCCCCUUUGCUGGUGUUUGUUCGUAUCGAUCAGCAGAGUGGGCUGGGGGAGAGAUUGCCUGUUUUUGUGGCAGGACAAAAGUUGAGAGGACUCAAAAUAUAUAAAGACUUGCGAUGAUCGCCCUGUUUUUGCCAGAAGGAGGAAAUUCCUGUAUCAUUCAACCUUAGACGUUCGCUACCAAAAAGCCACACACUUACUACUUGCUACCUCUACUAUUACCUACUACAAACAAACAUAUUACACUUCACAACACACUUCUUUCCAACCCGACAUCAUGAAGUUCAUCACAUCCACCACCAUCCUCGCCUCCGUCGCCGCCGCGGCCCCGGCCAUGGUCCCCAGCGCUCCCCAGCAAGGCGUUCCCUUUGUCAUCCAGGUCCUCCGCGAAGGCUCUCCUCUUCAGGGCAUGGCCGUCUCUGCUGCCAAUGGAAACCUCUACCUGGCCAAGAUUGGCGGCGACUUCAAGCAGGACGCCGUCUGCAAGGGCCGCACCACCGAAGAGGCCUUCAUGUACAUCUACAACGGCAAGCUGCACCUCGUUGGCGACGCCGACCAGCAGGUUGCUGUCCAACAGUCUAGCGCUGCCCCUGGUGUCAUCAACUACGCCAAGAUGGGCGGUGCUGCGACGCCUAGCGACUCUACUACUGGUGACUGGGCCAUGGGCAGCGAGGGCCAGCUGCAGUUCAAGGGCGAGGAUCUCGUUGCGUGCCCGUCCACAGCUAAGCCUAAUGCUCCUUAUGUCGUUUCUACUAUGAAGCCUGGCGGCUUGAGCCCUUGCGGCGCUGGCGGCAACUGCAUCAGCUUCAAGGCUACCGCGGGCGCCGUGUCUGAUGCGCCUAGCUGCGUCUACACUCAGUAGAGCACUUUAUGUUAUUUUAUUGGGAUAUUUUGGGAGUUUGCUUUAGACGGGUUUAGCGUGCAUCAUUGGUUGAUUUUUUGGGAAUGUCUUUUUAGACAAUGACGACCGAACGAUGAUGUCUAUAGAUGAACAUAUAACUACUUAAUUUACUACACUUACCACUA